GCCGAGGCGAGCGAGCGAGAAAGGAGAGCCCCCCGGCGCUUGUUUCCAAGGAUAAUAAACGCUGCCCAGCUCACUUCGCCCCGCCCGCCACUCGCCUCCCCUGCUCGGCUGCUCUGCUCUGCUCUGCUCGGGAUAUAUAUACACGCGGGCGCACCAGUCCAGCGAGCAACAAUAAAGGCUGGGUCGAGGAGGAGGAGGGGGAGGAGCUGCUUGGUUGGACCGAACGAGCUGAGAGCCAGCGAGAGAGGAGGGCCGAGCGAGAGGGAGAGGAACUAAUGGGUGAGGAGGCCAGCUGCAACACCGUCAGCGUGAUGGAGGCCGCCACCAACGCCAAGCCGCAGCCGCAGCAGCCCAAGGAGAACGGCCGCGCCGCUGCCGCCGCCGUCGCGGCCGAGGCGACGGCGCCUGUGGCCGAGGCGGCGGCCGACCCCCGGCUGCAGGGUAUCUCCGACGCCAUCCGCGUCGUGCCCCACUUCCCCAAGGAAGGCAUCAUGUUCAACGACAUCACCACGCUGCUGCUGCGCCCCGGCGUGUUCAAGGACGCCGUCGACCUCUUCGUCGAGCGCUACCGCGGGAUGGGCAUCGACGCCGUCGCCGGGAUUGAGGCCAGGGGCUUCAUAUUUGGCCCGGCAAUUGCGUUGGCCAUAGGCGCCAAGUUCAUACCGCUGCGCAAGCCUAGGAAGCUCCCAGGCGAGGUGAUAUCCGAGAAAUAUGUGCUUGAGUACGGGACUGAUUGUUUAGAGAUGCACGUUGGAGCCAUCGAACCUGCAGAGCAUGUGAUCAUCGUUGAUGACUUGGUUGCUACCGGUGGGACACUGUGUGCCGCGAUUAGGCUUCUUGAACGUGCUGGAGCUGAGGUGGUCGAGUGCGCAUGUCUCAUUGGGCUUCCAAAAUUUAAGAAUUUCUACAAGCUCAAUGGAAAGCCUGUCUAUGUACUGGUGGAGUCCCGUGAAUCUGAUAAAUAAGAAGUGAUGGUCAGGAAUGCUGGUGUGUUCAUUCCUUGCUGCUGCAAUUGAGAGGUGGACGGGCAUCGACAACUAUGCGGUACAUUACUAAGACUAGCUGCUAAGUCUUGGCAAGGGGAGAGGUUAGAGUGUUGAGAGUGUAGUCUUGUAGGUUGAGUAGUUUUUUUUUCAGAGUAAUGGCGCUUGUAGUUCUUCCGGGAACAUUGUUAUUAGCUGAAACAAGGUUGCUGCUGUUCCAUUGUUGUUGAAUUGUGCGGUUUUAAUUUGAAAAUGUCAGCAAUCAGGAUAUAGAUGGAGCUUCAGAGAAGAACUUCGGCAGCAUGACAGCAUGGUUAACGUCUAGGAACCUGUUACCGUUAGCUUGUUACUAGAAAACAUGGGGGCGCGGCGUUGCCGCGCCAACUUGAGCUGGCCUGGCCUGGACAACUUGUGCAUAGUAUUAGUACACUAUUUUUAUGAUGAA